AGCCUCCCCAAAGAGCCUCACGGUGCGGAUUCCCAGCCCGACCCCUCCCGGCGGAGGCGGCUCCGAGGCCCCAGCUGGGGCGGAUCGCGGAGCUACGGAGUCCAAAUCCUCCUCAAAGGAGGUGCCGCCACCCCCGCUGUCCGUCAGCAUGGUUCGCACGCGGAGCCGGAGACGCCGCGGAAUCACUCGCGGCCACAGCCGCGGCUGAUCCCAGGAAGGUGAGGAGCAGCAGGAGGAAGAAGCGUCUCCUUCCCCCCCGUCCCAGCAGCGCCACUAACUUCUCACUGCCUAACCUGCUGCCUCCCGCCCCUUAGACUCAUCACUGGUUGCGACUCCCGGGCGCCUGCGAACCAUUGGCCAAAGAGAUCUGUCGCUCACGCUCUCCGUCACGCGCUGCUAGCUGGCUCGCAGCCCCCAAGCUGCGUUGACGCGCGCAGGCCUAGGCGGUUGUGAACACCCGCCCCCUACUUCUCCCGAGCUGACUUCCGGUCUUCUUCUCUGUCUAUUGGUCAGCCUCCGUGACUAUCGUAUCACGACCUUACAGUGGAUUAGUUGGCCUUGCGGUCACUCAAAAGGAACCCUAACAAUGGGGAACUCAAUUGGCGCCAGAGAUUGUCGCUCAUUUUGUCACGGGACGUCGCGUGGUACAAUUGGCCUGUGAGGAUAUUGUUCAUCCCGCCCCCAUCUGAGGUGACGGGAAAGGGCUGGGGAAUUUCCAUUUCUCAUUAAAAGGAGGGCUGACGUGAAAACCCGCAAGAAUUAACAAAGUAUGAAGUAAACCUAACCCUUCGCUUGGAGAGUCUUGUGCGUCCAAGAUGCAAGAGGCGUCGAGGUAACAAAGUAGCUCCCACCUGUCGCUCUCCCACGGGCGCCGCGGCUAUGGCCGGAAGUAGCUGCACGGGGAUUGGCGGAAAGAAGCAAUCAGUCUCCGCGAAGCCCCAUCUUCCUGCCAUUUCCUGGUUGGAGGACCGCGACGUCAGUCAGCACAGCAGGCUCCGCCUCCGGGACAGGCUUCUGAGUGCAGAUACCUAGUGUGGAACGGGACUUGUCAAAGAUGCAGGGACGCAGGCCUGGAACAGCUCUCAGCUCAGCUUUCACUAGGCUGCCGCGGGACCGGCGUUGGAGGAAAGGUAGGAUCCGGUCUUCACCACCUGCUGGUCAUUCGCCCUACACCCACACUCCGGCCACGGUUGCUCUGGCCUGGUCCCAAAAAUGUGAGCGCCUCCGGGUCCUCCCUCCGCGACCGACUGCCUAGUCCGGGGCAGCGCUGCCGGCGCCUCCCCGGGCUGGCUUCCCGGCGCGGGAGGGGGAGGGGAGGGGGCGGCGCCGGGCGGGGCGGGGCUCCCACUCUUUUUCCAGGAGCCUUAUUCCCGGCCGCGCGCUGCGAGCGCUCAGUCGGCCCUGGGAGCUGCAUGCCACAUGCUACUGGUCGGCCUGACGGACGUGCAGGGGCUGGGCGGACGCACUGACCGACUCCCAACAGACAGGCGUACCGCGGCCGCAGAGCUCCUCGGCGGGAUCGCACCCAGAAACGGGCAGCAGACCUUGCCUGGUGGAAUCUCGCUGCCCACCGCCGCCUGGCCCCGGUGCAGCGGUCCAGCGGCCGCUGCAUUCAAAGUGAUCACUGCCUCGCCGUCUCCGCCAGGCUCAGGACCAUGAAGCUGCUGCCGUCGGUGGUGCUGAAGCUCUUUCUGGCCGCAGUGUUGUCCGCGUUGGUGACCGGUGAGAGUCUGGAGCGCCUUCGGAGAGGUCUGGCAGCAGCAACCAGAAACCCAGACUCUCCCACUGGAUCCACAAACCAGCUGCUACCCACGGGAGAUGGUCGUACUCAGGAAGUCCAGGACUUGGAAGAGACAGAUCCUAACCUUUUCAGAGUUGCUUUCUCCACCAAACCACAAGCUCUAGCCACUCCAAGCAAAGAAAAGAAUGGGAAAAAAAAGAAGAAAGGCAAGGGAUUAGGAAAGAAGAGAGACCCGUGCCUUAGGAAGUAUAAGGACUUCUGCAUCCAUGGGGAAUGUAAAUACCUGAAGGAUCUCCGGGCUCCAUCAUGCAACUGCCACCCAGGUUACCAUGGAGAGAGGUGUCAUGGGCUGACCCUACCAGUGGAGAAUCCCUUAUAUACGUAUGACCACACUACCGUCUUGGCUGUGGUGGCUGUGGUAUUGUCAUCUGUCUGUCUACUUGUCAUAGUGGGACUUCUCAUGUUUAGGUACCACAGGCGAGGAGGUUAUGAUGUGGAAAAUGAAGAGAAAGUGAAGUUGGGCAUGACUAAUUCCCACUGAGAAGGACCUGUGCUCAAGGAACCUUCAGAGGAUGGCUACCUCUGAGACCGUGGUUCAUUACAAGUUCUACAGAGGGGAAAGACUUCGCAAGCAGCCAUGAAGACUUCUUCAUUCCCAGUUGCUACCCUGACUGGGCCUCCCGUAAUUGCUCUGCAAAAGUAUCAGAGCCUCUAAGUGCCAAACAGACAUGCCCACUGGGAUCCAGAUCGCAACACAGUGGAAGCAGGAGAGCCCUCCAGGCCUUUCUGGUUCCCCUCCACCGAGCCUACCGGUUUGUUUAAACACUUAGCUUCUGGAUUAAAGUGCCAGCUAGAUCCCAUAUGCUCCAGGACUUUUGGCUGAAAAAAAAAAAAAGGGAGGAAGGAAGAAUGAUUUAUAGAUUGGAAGAAAGCAACAGAGUUGAGAAGCUGUGUGUUCAAGGAGCCACAAGGGAUCUGCUGUUUGGACCCUCCAGCACGCUGGAUUUGAUGAGCUAACUGUGAAAUACCACAAGCCCAAGAACUCUGAAUUUUGGGACUUCUACCCACAGAGGAAAAAAUAACAACUAUUUUUUUUUUUUGUUAUUUGUUUGUAAAAUGCCUCUUAAAUUAUAUAUUUAUUUUAUUCUAUGUAUGUUAAUUUAUUUAGUUUUUAACAAUCUAACAAUAAUAUUUCAAGUGCCUAGACUGUUACUUUGGCAAUAUCCUGGCCCACCUCUUUGCAGCUCUACCCUCUGGCUCAGUGCCACACUCCCACGUGCUCUGUAGCCCGUCUGUGGUAAUUUAUUGUCUGUCUACAUUUCAGAAGACACCCCAGAAGCAGAGUACCCGGGGGAGUUGCGUGUGGUCAGAGUAUAGGGAUUGAUUUGGGCAGAGCCACUCUGUGAGUUGGACUGCAGUCUUGCCUAGGUGAUUUUUGUCUACUGUCUGUGUUUUGAAAGCCCAAGGUGCUGAUGUCAAUGUGUAAUAGAUAUUGGUGUUUACCUGUGUCCUCUCCCUGCCAAAUCUCAGAAGACGUUGGGCGUCCAUGCCUGCAGUUGCCCGGCCCCUUUUCUGCCAUCAGCCUUUCCCAGUCUCCCUGUGCCAAGACAUUUCCCUUACUCCUGCCGUUCUUGUGGUGCUACUCCGUGCAGAGGUUGGUAGAGCAGAGGACAGUUUGGAGAAGGUAUUAGUAACGAGAAAGGCUGAGGAGGAGCAGGGAACGUUGGAGUUGACUAUCCUUGGCAAUUGAUUACCUAUCAAUUGCUACAGAGAAGGUUGGUGGUAGGGAAGGUUUGGGGUAGGAAAACUAUACUGUCUCACCAAAACGUAAUGCUGUUAUGGUCCCAUGGAAGUUUCUGGUGCCAUUUAUGAACUGUUACAACCUAUAUUUCCAAAACCUGGUUCAUAUUUAUACUUUGUGAUCCAAAUAAAGAUAACACUUACUCCA